AUUCGUCUCUCCUUUGCCUUCCUUGUCCUUCUUUCUGAGCUGUUGUUGGCGGGAGGAGUCUGAUUCGAUCACAACAAUGGCGCCCAAGCACCGCGACGGCGACGUCGUGGCUUCGAUUCCAGGCUCGUUCAUCAGCCAUGCCCACACCAUCGCCGCCUAUGCCGCCUUUCUCAGCGCCUUCAUCGUCGGCGUCUACCUUCAUUACCACAAAAUCGUGCAGAAUGAGCACUACGGCUACCCUGUCGAGUGGUUUCCCUCCGUCUCCGCAACCAUUGGAGAUCGCUACCCCGAGCGUUCCUUCUUCAUGGUCUUCAUUGCCAUCUGCUCGGGACCGCGUUUUGCUCUCUGCUUCCUCUGGUGGUGUCUAGGCAAAAAGCCCAAUGGCGGCAAUAGACUGGUCAACUUCGUGGCUGGCGUUGGAGUCUUCAGGACUUUGACGUGUGGAGGGUGGACAUAUGUUACGUCGACCGAUGACCACGACUGGCAUGAUAUUUUCAUGAUCAGCUAUCUGGUUGCCACUUUGCCGUGGACCAUCGGUUGCAUUGCACUGAGUCCGCCAAACCCGCAGGCCAUCAAGCUGAGAAAGUAUCUCGGAGGAACUUUUUUCGCGACUUUGGUUCCUUUGGUCUACUUUUUCAUCCAGCACAAAGUGCAUCGCGUGCCGGGCGCAUACACCAUCUACGCCUUCUUCGAGUGGUCUCUUGUUCUUCUUGAUGUUGCCUUUGACGCGGUUACUGCAUACGAUUUCAGCAGUUUCGAAAUUCAGAUCCGGGAUGUCAAGGGACUCAGCAAGGGCGGGAAUGUUGCGGACCGGACACUCGAGAAGCGAAAGGAUAAGCCAAUUGGGACUGUGUUCGAUGCUAGCGCCUUCACGUGGGAUGAGAUGUUCGAUGCCAUAGCCGACGUCUACCUGGGAUACAUCUUCUGGACUGUUCUCACGUCAUUGGGAGUUGUGGUGUGGUACUUUCCACUAUGGCACAUGGGCAUCUCUGGCUAUGAGGUCGCGGUCAUGUCUACCGUCUCGCCUAUGCUGCUUGGCAUACCUUCUCUUCGACGACUUGUCACCAGGAAUUCACCUCUUGUGAUCUUGACUUCAGGCGCUGGACUGCUUGCAUAUCUGGUAGUCAAUCCACCGCAGCGUCUUGGCAUGGUGAGCUUUGGCGUCUGGCAGGGGACUCUCGCCUGGGUGGCUCUGUGGUGGAGCAAGCGAAAUCAGCCAGCAAUGCUCGAAGCGAAGAUCUCUGCAUGGCUUCUCGGUCUGAUUGCCAGUAGCAUCUCCAAGUUCGCGUUCUGGACCAACAAUCCGUUAUGGCCCAUCAUGCACGAUGCAAAUGGAGGACUGAACAAGACCGGCAUUGUUUUAUUUGUGCUUGCGGUCGCACGGGCAUACCAGAAACAAGGCAAGAAUAUUGGCAGCGAACGCAACCAAGAAAAGCCGAAGGGACCAUCUUUCUUAGCUGGUCUUGGUCUUGCAGGUGCUUUCUUCGGAUUGCACUCUCUGCUCUCGGACUCUAGCACCAUGAUCCUAUGGGUCUGGGAAGGCUUUCCGGUGCGCGGUCCGCUGGCCUCGCCACAUGGUGCCUGGACGAUUGGGGCCAUGGGCCUAGGUCUGCUCAUCGGUCUAUGGUACCCAAACAUUGCCCGCAGCUGGGCAGCAUUUGGCGUCGGCUCAGUCGGCGCUGCUAUCCUUACCCUCCGGACUCACUGGACAGGUUAUUAUGGUGGCCUCACUUUAGCGACAUACCUCAUGGCUGUCACACCAUCUCUCAUUACCAAUGCUGUUCGUUUCGCACCGGGGCGAACAUUCUUUGUCGGCUUCUUCUUCUAUAACUUUAUGGUCCUUUUCCACGUGUGGGUCGUUGCAUAUGCCUUCGUCCCCGGAGGGCCUCUGGUACGUGAACGCACAGACUGGGUCAUGCUCACCACGAUGCUCAUGAUCGGCGCCGGUGUCUUCUCUUCCAUUCACAACGGCGCUCCUGUCAAGCAGAAAUCCUUUCAGCCACCUCCCAACCCAGCUGCAAAGAGGCAAAGAAGCUACUACAUCUACGCUCUUCUCGCUCUGCAACUAGUGAGUGUCAGCGUUGCAUACCUCCGCUUCCCAACAUACAAUUACCAGCCAUAUCACAAGGAUAGUAAGCUCAUUACAGCUGGUAUCUGGACCAUUCAUUUCAGCAUAGACAAUGACAUGUGGAGCUCCGAGCGCCGCAUGGAAUCUCUGAUACGCGAGACUGAGCUCGAUGUGAUCGGUUUGCUUGAGUCAGACCUUCAGCGUAUCAUCAUGGGCAACCGUGAUACGACACAGUACCUCGCAGAAGAACUUGGCAUGUACGUCGAUUACGGUCCAGGUCCAAACAAACACACGUGGGGCAGCGCACUUCUCUCGAAGUUCCCCAUCGUAAACUCAACACAUCACUUGCUACCCUCGCCAGUCGGCGAGCUGGCACCAGCCAUUCAUGCCACGAUCGAUGCGUAUGGAGAGCUGGUCGAUGUCUUCGUCUUUCACUCCGGCCAGGAAGAAGACCCCGAAGAUCGACGACUGCAGUCCGAGUACCUCAGCGACCUCAUGGGCAGCACCAAUCGGCCCAGCAUCUUGCUUUCGUACCUCGUCACGAAGCCCAAAGAGGGCAACUACAACACGUAUGUGUCGGACAGAUCAGGAAUGAAGGACAUUGAUCCCUCAGACUGGGACCGUUGGUGUGAGUACAUCUUGUACAAGAAUAUGAGGCGUACUGGAUACGCUCGAGUUUCUCGAAGCACCAUCACCGACACGGAGCUACAGAUUGGCAAGUUCGUGGUGGGACAGGCCGAGGGGACGAAUGAGCUCAUACCCGAAGAACAAGUGCCCGAACCUCUCCGCUUCCCGCAAAUGUUCAGGGGUCAAGGCGUGAGGGAUCACCGAUAUCAUGUCUUUGACGAGCCCAGAUAUUAUGCUUAAGAAGCCUGUCCUUGGCCGUUGGAGGCAGGAAAGUCGGGACAGGUUGUAAAAGUAGGUACAUGUAUGGAGUAUGGAGAAGCGAGAUCGAUCUUCGGUCAUUUACGGCGACGCAGCCGGAUGGGUCUCAGGGACAAGCUGUGUACCGAGAGUUCAGCACCCUGAGACCAGGAUUGGCUUCUCUGGCAUCAGCAUGAGUUGACAGGGAGCGAAUGGGGGGUCCGGCAACAGGUGAAAGAUAUGGGAAUACUGUGUAUAAAGACGGAAGGUGGUGGUGGUGGUGUGAGAGUCGGUUUAUAUAAAAGCAACAACGAUUAGUCGUAGUGUAUGAGAGGGAAUAUGUGUCAAUAGAAAGAGAACUCGAUGUGACUGCGCGCGCGCGCUCUCUCUCUCUCUCUCUCUCUCCGUGUGAGAUGUCGUUUGCGGGAGGACGAUGAUAAUAAUAAUCAAACUUUGGUGCUUGGAGAGAGCAAAAAAUGAGGUAGAAUGGAUAAUCCUGUCAAGUGAACUGAACUGGUAAGGUUAUAGAGCAUAGUGAGGAAGUUUGGGGAACAUCUGGCGGAGUAGGUUCAGAGGGUGUUGUUAUUCUCGGGCUUUCUUCAGGCUUCCUCAGGCUUCCUUAGGCUGGCGAUGCACGUGAGUUGCGUAGUUGGGUGGUUGAGGAUUGGAGGAUUGGUGAUGCGAACCUUGAAUCAUGACGCCAGGUCAUCCUGUGUACAUGUACCGCAAUGACCGACGAG